AUGGUGCGGUUACCGUUGCCACAACGGCUCAGUACUCAUUUAACUUCACGGAGUAAUACUCCUACUCCCGGACAAAGCAGAAGUACCAGUCCCAUGAGGAUACCAGACGCCAAGCCGCUGGUCCUGAAGGUGGUUGUGUUACGGGGGAGAUGUCUUGCAGCCAAAGAUCGAAACGGGACGAGCGAUCCGUACUUAGUUGUCACACUUGGAGAUGCGCGACAAUCGACACCAAUGGUCCCGAAGACCCUGAACCCAGAAUGGAACGUGACCUUUGAAAUGCCGAUCGUCGGUGUGCCAUUACUCGAGUGUAUCUGUUGGGAUCACGAUCGGUUCGGGAAAGAUUAUAUGGGCGAGUUCGACAUUCCUCUGGAAGAAAUAUUCGCCGAGGGCCAGAUACAUCAGCAGGCUGAUGAGGCGCACAAGCCUAAAUGGUAUACCCUUACGUCGAAACGCAAAUCGGGAAAGAAGAAGGACAACGACAUCUCAGGGGAGAUUCUACUUCAAUUUUCAGUUGUCGAUACUGCAAAUCCAACAGCCCCUCCGAGCGAGACCUACCAGAAGUUCAAGACGCUGAUCGGCUGUGGGGAGGAAGACGAUGAUUAUCCGCAGAUCCCGGCGACCAUAUCGGACGAAGCCGAAAGAGAUGAAGACAUAUCUGAUGAGGUUGAUGACUUGGGAAGACCCGAUGUUAACGAGAAGCGCCGGAGAAGGUUACGUCUCGCGCGACUCCGGCGGAAGUCGCUGGCAGCGAGGGCGUAUCAGUUCUCUGGUGCGGGCAAUGGGGUACAAGGCAUCGUGUUCAUGGAGAUUGUCAAGGUGACCGAUCUCCCACCGGAACGCAAUGUGACGCGAACUUCCUUUGAUAUGGACCCGUUCGUUGUGACCUCACUAGGAAGAAAGACACUUCGGACUCCGGUUGUGCGCCAUAAUCUCAAUCCAAUAUAUCACGAGAAAAUGGUCUUCCAAGUUAUGAAGCAUGAGCAGUCUUAUACCAUCAGUUUUACAGUCAUGGACCGAGACAAGUUCUCCGGGAACGACUUCGUUGCCUCGGCUAGCUUCCCACUUCAAACAUUGAUCCAGUCUGCUCCCGAGUCAGACCCGGAGACCGGGCUCUAUAAGUUCUUGGACCCCAUGCUUGAUCCUACAGGGUCUACCGAGUCUCUCUCCAACAAUAAGGCCGGGAUCAAGAUCGGGGUUAGCCCAUCCCCAUCGACUAGCAGCCUAUCAAAAUUGUCAAGACCAGGCUUGGUGCGGUCGAGAAGCUCUACAGCUUCCUUGUCGAACCAAGCCGCGCAGGAGCAGUCGACACUACCCCCACCAUCAGCCCCGAAAUCGAUCCCGACAUCAGUUCCUUCAUCACUCCCAGAGGAGGGUAGCAGUAGCUAUUUGUCAACAACGCCGACAUCAGUUCAGAACGAGGGCAGCGUGAUUGCUCCUCUUGAAGGAGAGGGUCUGGAAACAUAUCGGAUCCCGCUGCUGAUGAAGCACAAAGAAAGAUGGGAGGACAAGCAUUCUCCAGAGCUAUUCAUCAAGGCCAAAUACAUGCCCUACCGUGCACUCCGGCAGCAGUUUUGGAGACUAAUGCUCAAGCAAUAUGACGCUGACGACAGCGGCCGCAUUGACAAAGUCGAGCUAACUACGAUGCUUGAUACCCUUGGUUCCACAUUGAAGGAAUCAACCAUUGACAGCUUCUUCGAGCGAUUCAGUGCGGAGAAUGAGGCCAGCGAGACGAUGGAUUUGACUUUCGAUCAAGCUGUAAUCUGCUUGGAAGAUACCCUGCAGGCACUGCAGAAAGAUUCUAGGACAGCCGGCAGGAGACUCACUCCAACACCAUCCACAGGCAGUCAAGACAGCGAGGAGCCAUCCAGCGACGACAAUGAUCUCACCCUCGAAUCAAGCACAGGCAUGCCCGUCAACGCUGACCCUCAGAGAACAGCCAUACCUACACUAUCCAGUGAAGAGCAGUCAAUCACGAAUGAGGAAGACCUUCAGCCUGAUGACUUGGGUGAUGAACGUGGCGAAGAGCAUGUCAUUGAACUUCGCGAAUGUCCCCUUUGUCAUCAACCACGGCUCGCAAAACGCUCAGAUGCCGAUAUCAUCACACACAUCGCUACUUGUGCUAGUCGAGACUGGAGACAAGUCGACAACCUCGUGAUGGGUGGCUUCGUGACCUCAAGUCAAGCGCAGCGCAAAUGGUACUCUAAAGUGAUUACGAAAAUCUCAUAUGGAGGCUACAAGCUAGGUGCCAACUCCGCGAAUAUUCUUGUUCAAGAUCGAAUUACGGGACAAAUCAAUGAGGAGCGGAUGAGCGUCUAUGUUCGUCUUGGUAUCCGGUUGCUGUAUAAGGGGCUGAAGAGCCGAGAGAUGGAGAAAAAGAGAAUUCGCAAAAUUCUCAAGUCGCUAAGUAUCAAACAAGGCAAGAAAUAUGAUGACCCCGCUUCCGCAAGUCAAAUUCAAGACUUCAUCAGCUUCCACCAACUCGACUUGUCCGAGGUUCUUCUUCCCCUAGAGAAGUUUAAGACUUUUAAUGAGUUUUUCUAUCGCGAACUGAAGCCAGGCGCUCGACCUUGCUCGGCUCCGGACGAACCACGGAUUGUUGUGUCCCCAGCUGAUUGCCGAUCAGUUGUUUUCGACCGUCUUGACGAAGCAACCAGCGUCUGGGUCAAGGGAAGGGAGUUCAGCAUUGAGAGACUUCUGGGUGAUGCUUACCCAGAGGACGUUCACCGCUACAAGAACGGGGGCUUAGGAGUGUUCCGUCUUGCACCCCAGGAUUAUCACCGUUUCCAUAUUCCUGUGGAUGGCGUCAUGGGAACGCCCAAAACCAUCGAAGGUGAAUACUACACAGUGAACCCGAUGGCUAUCCGCUCCGCACUAGAUGUCUAUGGAGAGAAUGUUAGAGUCCUUGUCCCCAUCGAUUCGGUUGCGCAUGGCCGUGUCAUGGUGGUCUGUGUUGGAGCAAUGAUGGUCGGAAGUACAGUAAUAACCCGUCAGGCUGGGGAGAAAGUCACUCGUGGUGAAGAACUGGGAUACUUCAAAUUCGGUGGAAGUACCCUUCUACUUCUCUUCGAGGACGGAAUGGUGAACUUUGACAGCGACCUGGUAGACAACUCGAAGGGCCCUCUCGAGACUCUGAUUCGAGUGGGAAUGUCUGUGGGUCACCAUCCUGAUGUUCCUCAAUAUGAGCCUGACCUGCCGAAGAAGGCAGAAAACGUCACUGUAGAGGAGAUGCAGGCUGCCAAGCGCCGAAUCGAAGGAAGCUUGGCUCCACCAACCGAUGCGUCUGAGUUUGCAUGA